GCAUUUGGGUAUUGUGGGACAGCAUGACUUAUCAGUGGAGAAUGUCGACAUAUGUAGUACUGGACAGUUCAUAGCAUCAAGCAGUCAUAAUAACGACAUAAAAUUUUGGAACAUUCAGUAUUUUGACGACUUUGACAAAGUCAGCCAGAAACACAAAAAACACAAUAGGAAGGCUGAAUUAAAGAAUAAUUUACCAUCAUCAAAAAUUCGCAAUGCUUCAGAUUUUUUCAGUGAUAUGAUUUGAUAUCAUAACAUUAAUUUAAGAUAGUUUCAAAUAAAUGACAGUUUUUAUUUUC